AUGGGACAAUGGCAAUUCCAUGAAGACCUCGACCAGCUCUACCCUGCGCCUAGACUCGGUGGUGCCAUUGUUGAAAGAGACCACGAUGCCUGUACUAUGGUGAGAUCAGAACUACUCAACCGAUUCCAGCUAAUCGGAGUUGUCCAUCAGAUCACCGGCGCAGACUUUUAUAUCCUGGUUGGCGGGCUCCAACGAGAAGAUCCCAGAUAUUGGAAAGCAAAGUCCGAAAUAACAACGGUAAGGGUUACGCUAGAAAUUGCGGCCCAAGUUGACCGUGGCCAUGCCGUACUGACGAAGCCUGCUGUUUCCUCAUGGCUAUCGUGA